GUGAAUUCGACGGAUCUCAGUGAAAAAAUUACGACUGAUGCGCACAUGAUUUUCUUGGCUUCGAAGAAUGGAGUUCCUGUUGGUGGACUGCCACCAAAGAAAACACUGGCCGAGUUGCUGGCGAAAGAUAACGCCGACUCAUCAGCAUCUCAAAGAGGGCCACCACCGAAGACUACCAUCGGUGAGUUGGUCGAGAAGGAUAGACGGCCGCUAUCUCCGACUGUGGCUUGCCAAAGACCGAUGGUGACGAUAGAGCGCUCUCAAAAGAAACCAUUACAACAUCAGCAAAGUUCAGAUAACGACGAUAGCGAAUUACAACAAAAACUCGCCGCACAACGAAUGAAGAAAUGUUACGAUGCUUCAGCGGAAUCCGUUUCGAAGAUUGUCACCGCCACCUCACCUAAAGAUUCUCUGAUUUCUGACCAUUUACCAGAAGAUCCAUCAACUCAAACAGUUUCCGAAGUUAGCAUCGCGGAAAAUAAGGCCGUUGCAGAAGAUGCAGAAAUAAUAGGUAAGCGAGGUUCUACAACUGAGGAGUCAGUUCACGAACUUCACAAUAAUGGAGAAGUCCAAAACAAACUUGGUGGAGAAGACCAAAACAAAGUUGAUGGAGAAGACCAAAGGAAACUAUCACCUUCGAAAGAGGCUUCUUCUUGUGAACCAAAAGAACUUGAAAGCGUUUCGCUUCUAGUGGCGCCAUCAGAAGAGCCUUUAAAGAAGGCUGAAGAGAAUCCAGUUCAUGAACAUGGUGUCAAGAAUAUUCCGCUUUUAAGACAAGCAGAGAAUGCUGAACUAAAACGAUUGUUAGGCGAAGAAAUGAAAAAGUGCAAAACAAAAGUGGAAGAGAUGAUGGUACUAAAAGACAUCGAGUUACGAAAGGAUGACCGACCUUUCUCGCCGUCCAAGGAGCUACUAGAGAUGAUUCACAGUGAAAAUGGGUGUGUUCUUCGGCUUUUUUAA